UUAUCAAAUUGAUAAUUUUUUUAAUGAUAUAUACAUCUUCUUCUUCCUCCUCUUCUCUCUCAUUAAUAUCUCCAAGCAUACCCAAGCCAAUCAUCAAUAAAAACCAAACACUUUGUAUUACACACACGCGCACACAAACAAAAAUGUCGGAGUGGAUAGCGGUGGUGGUGGCGACGGCGCUGUUCGUGUUGUUAUCGCCCGGCCUAUUAUUUCAAGUCCCCGGAAAAAAGGUUUUCGUGGAAUUCGGGAACUCGGAGACGAGCUAUGCCUCUAUCCUCCUCCACGCCUUCAUCUUCUUCGGCAUCAUCACUGUCUUUACCGUUGUCCUCGACCUCCCUGCCAAGCUCUAGUACUUAUAUAUGAAGGAUGGCGGAUUGGGGUCCUGCGGUGGUGGCGACGGUGCAUUCGUGCGGUUGUCACCGGGAACUCUCUUCAAAUUUCCCGGAAAAAAGGUAUUUGUUGAGUUCGGAAACAUGGAAACUAGUGGAGCCUCCAUUCUCGUCCAC